AUGGUGCCCAUCGGGGCGUUGGGGCUGCUCUUGUGCGUGCAGCUGUGCCGGGCUGAGCUCCAAGGCACGGGGGCAGCCGUGGGGGCACACACCACCCCCCAGCCCUCGCCCGGCCUCGGCACCCUCCUCACCGCAGGCACCGAGGAGCUGCGGCUGGUGGGCGGCGGCGGGCGCUGCGCCGGGAGGGUGGAGGUCAAGCACGACGGCGAGUGGGGCUCUGUCUGCAACUACGAAUAUGUUCCUCAUGGCUACUGGGGCGCCGUGGUGUGCCGGCAGCUGGGCUGUGGUGCGGUGGCCAAGGCGUCCCCCUACGCCCCAUUCGGGCAGGGCACCGGCCGGAUUUGGCUCCAGCCCUGGUGCUGGGGCGGUGAAGAGAAGCUGGAGGACUGUUACCAUUUUGGCUGGGGACAGCACUAUUGCGGCCAUGAGUGGGACAUCGGGGUGACCUGUGCAGAGGCGGUGGAGCUGCGGCUGGUGGGCGGCGGAGGUCCCUGCGCCGGGAGGGUGGAGGUGAAGCUGCGGGGCCAAUGGGGAUCGGUGGCGGACCACAACUGGGACAUCAAAGAUGCCAAGGUGGUGUGCCAGCAGCUGGGCUGUGGAUCUGUCACCGGUGCCUAUGUCGGCAGCACACACUUCGGCGAAGGGUCCGGUCCCGUCAGCCUGGCUGUUGUCAACUGCCGUGGGAACGAAACAGCCAUCUGGGAAUGCGACAUCCAUGGCUGGGGACCCUACAGACUCUUUCACGAAUACGACGUUGCCGUCACCUGCCAAACGGGGUUUGCCCGGCUGGUCGGCGGCGACAGCGCCUGUGCCGGGCGGCUGGAGGUGCGGCAGGGCCGAACGUGGAGCAGCGUCUGCGAGGACCACGUGGACAUCAAGGCGGCCCAGGUGGUCUGCCGGGAGCUGGGCUGCGGCGCGGUGCUGGCCGUCCCCGGCACCGGCCGCUUUCAGGAGGGAACGGGGUCGCUCUGGCAGGAGGGGUUUGAGUGCACGGGCACCGAGCCCUUCCUCGCCGCCUGUGCCCGGCGGCCGCUCCACGCACAGGGCUGCAGCGGCCACGCCGCCAUCAUCUGCUCCCCCUACACGCGUUUCCGUCUGGCGAACAGCAGCUCGGGCUGCUCCGGGCGGGUGGAGGUGGAGGUGGGGGGCACGUGGGGGUCCGUCUGCGCCACCGGCUGGGACCUGCCCGACACCCACGUCCUCUGCCACCACCUCGGCUGCGGCACCGCCGCCGCCACCGCCGUGCCCCAGGGAGGCUCCCUCGGCAGUGGGGACGGGCCGCUGUGGCAGGACACCUUCCGCUGCAGCGGGACCGAGCGGCACCCAGGCGAGUGCCCCACCACGGUGCUGGGGGAGCCCCCCUGCCCCGCCGGCCUCGCCGCCACCAUCAACUGCUCAGGCACUGUGGAGCCCCUGCGGCUGGUGGAGGGGGAGAGCCGGUGCGACGGGCGGCUGGAGGUCUCCGCCAGCCCCGGGGCCUGGGCCCGCAUGCCGGCGGGGCUCUGGGAUGCCCGCGGUGCCAGCGUGGUGUGCCGGCAGCUGGGCUGCGGCGCGCCGGAGAAGGUCUACGCCGUGGCGGGCUCGGGCGCGGCAGGGCCGCAAGGGCUGCGCUGUGCCGGCACCGAGGACAACCUGGCCCAGUGCAACGUCUCGCGCACGGCCGCCACGCCGACCGGCAGCCGCGACGAGGUGGUCGUCGUCUGCUCAGGCAGCCGGCGCGUGAGGCUGGCGGGCGGCCCCGGGCGCUGCGCCGGGCGGGUGGAGGUCUACGCCAACGGCACCUGGGCCACCGUCUGCCAGGAGAGCUGGGACCUGGCGGACGCCACCGUCGUCUGCCGCCAGCUGGGCUGCGGAACCGCGCUGGAGGCACCCGCAUCGCCUCCCGUCGGUCCCGGCACGGGGCCGCUGUGGCCGCACGCCGCUGCCUGCGCCGGCAACGAGGCGUCUCUCUGGGAUUGCCCGGCCUCGGCACAGCACGGCUGCCAGCGCGGUGGCGGGGCGGGAGCCGUCUGCUCAGAGCACCUCUCCCUGCGCCUGGUGGGCGGCGGCAGCCCCUGCAGCGGGCACCUGGAGGUGUUCUACAACAACACCUGGGGCCGCGUCUGCGCCGAAGGCACCACCUCCGCUACUGCGGCCGCUGUGUGCUGGCAGCUGGGCUGCGGGGAGACGGGGACUCUGGAGGACACCCCCGCCCUUGCCCUUGCCUGGCUGGCCUGGGUGGGCUGCAAGGAGGGGGCCGCAUCGCUCUGGCGCUGCCCCUCGGCACCCUGGCACCUGCAGAAUUGCAGCGACGGCAGGGGCGCCCGCAUCACUUGUGACAAGGACACGGACAGCACAAGCGGGACGCCCACCCCGGCCCCGGGGAGCCGCUGCCCCGACGGUGCCACUUGCACAGCUCUCCCCAGCACCAGCAGCCCGGCGGCAGCGGUGGGGACCGUGCCGGUGUCCACGGUGCUGUGUGCGCUCCUGGGGACGCUGCUGUGCCUGGCCCUGGGCGCCCUGGCCGUGCAGGCGUACCGUGCCCGUGCUGGGCGCCGAGGUGAAGCCGCGGACGCUCUCUCCGAUGCCGUCUACGAGGAGCUGGACUACACCGUGCUGCCGGACUACCAGGAGGUGCCCAGUCGCUCAGGCUCCCUCUCGGAGGGCUCGGGGAAGAAGCUGCCGUAUUACACCGGGGACAGCAUGGAGGAGAGAGACCCCGAGGCAGCCCCAGACUCCCCUGCCCAGCACAGACCCCACGACGGCUAUGAUGAUGCCGCGGACGUGCCGCAAGAGCCCCCCGCUCCCGGCGCUGGGGACGUCUCCGAGGGGGGAGCACAGAGCAGCUGGGGCCGUCUCCCACCCACAGGUGGGAGCUGCCUCCCCACAAGUCCCCCACGAGACACAAGGGAGCCCCCGGCACAGCCACCGGGGGACACAGACUACGACGACGUUGCCAUCGGCACCCCGGGGACGUCGCUCUUCAUGCUCACCUCCCAGCUUGCUCCGAGCCUUCCUGACGAUGGUCAGCCCUCGCCCGGCCUCGGCACCCUCCUCACCGCAGGCACCGAGGAGCUGCGGCUGGUGGGCGGCGGCGGGCGCUGCGCCGGGAGGGUGGAGGUCAAGCACGAUGGCGAGUGGGGCUCCGUCUGCGUCUACGACUAUGUUGCUCAUGGCAACUGGGGCAGCGUGGUGUGCCGGCAGCUGGGCUGUGGUGCGGUGGCCAAGGCGUCCCCCUACGCCCCAUUCGGGCAGGGCACCGGCCGGAUUUGGCUCCAGCCCUGGUGCAGGGGCGGUGAAGAGAAGCUGGAGGACUGUUUACAUUUAGGCUGGGGACAGCACUAUUGCGGCCAUGAGUGGGACAUCGGGGUGACCUGUGCAGAGGCGGUGGAGCUGCGGCUGGUGGGCGGCGGAGGUCCCUGCGCCGGGAGGGUGGAGGUGAAGCUGCGGGGCCAAUGGGGAUCGGUGGCGGACGGCAACUGGGACAAGGAAGAUGCCAAGGUGGUGUGCCAGCAGCUGGGCUGUGGAUCUGCCAUCGGUGCAGAUUUCGCCAGCACAAGCUUCGGUGAAGGGUCCGGUCCCGUCAGCCUGGUCUGGCCUGACUGCCGUGGGAAAGAAACAGCCAUCUGGGAAUGCUACAUCCAUGGCUGGGGACCCUACAGCGCCAAUCACAACUACGACGUCGCUGUCACCUGCCAAACGGGGUUUGCCCGGCUGGUCGGCGGCGACAGCGCCUGUGCCGGGCGGCUGGAGGUGCGGCAGGGCCGAACGUGGAGCAGCGUCUGCGAGGACCACGUGGACAUCAAGGCGGCCCAGGUGGUCUGCCGGGAGCUGGGCUGCGGCGCGGUGCUGGCCGUCCCCGGCACCGGCCGCUUUCAGGAGGGAACGGGGUCGCUCUGGCAGGAGGGGUUUGAGUGCACGGGCACCGAGCCCUUCCUCGCCGCCUGUGCCCGGCGGCCGCUCCACGCACAGGGCUGCAGCGGCCAUGCCGGCAUCAUCUGCUCCCCCUACACGCGUUUCCGUCUGGCGAACAGCAGCUCGGGCUGCUCCGGGCGGGUGGAGGUGGAGGUGGGGGGCACGUGGGGGUCCGUCUGCGCCACCGGCUGGGACCUGCCCGACACCCACGUCCUCUGCCACCACCUCGGCUGCGGCACCGCCGCCGCCACCGCCGUGCCCCAGGGAGGCUCCCUCGGCAGCGGGGACGGGCCGCUGUGGCAGGACACCUUCCGCUGCAGCGGGACCGAGCGGCACCCAGGCGAGUGCCCCACCACGGUGCUGGGGGAGCCCCCCUGCCCCGCCGGCCUCGCCGCCACCAUCAACUGCUCAGGCACUGUGGAGCCCCUGCGGCUGGUGGAGGGGGAGAGCCGGUGCGACGGGCGGCUGGAGGUCUCCGCCAGCCCCGGGGCCUGGGCCCGCAUGCCGGCGGGGCUCUGGGAUGCCCGCGGUGCCAGCGUGGUGUGCCGGCAGCUGGGCUGCGGCGCGCCGGAGAAGGUCUACACCGUGGCGGGCUCGGGCGCGGCAGGGCCGCAAGGGCUGCACUGUGCCGGCACCGAGGACAACCUGGCCCAGUGCAACGUCUCGCGCACGGCCGCCACGCCGACCGGCAGCCGCGACGACGUGGUCGUCGUCUGCUCAGGCAGCCGGCGCGUGAGGCUGGCGGGCGGCCCCGGGCGCUGCGCCGGGCGGGUGGAGGUCUACGCCAACGGCACCUGGGCCACCGUCUGCCAGGAGAGCUGGGACCUGGCGGACGCCACCGUCGUCUGCCGCCAGCUGGGCUGCGGAACCGCGCUGGAGGCACCCGCAUCGCCUCCCGUCGGUCCCGGCACGGGGCCGCUGUGGCCGCACGCCGCUGCCUGCGCCGGCAACGAGGCGUCUCUCUGGGAUUGCCCGGCCUCGGCACAGCACGGCUGCCAGCGCGGUGGCGGGGCGGGAGCCGUCUGCUCAGAGCACCUCUCCCUGCGCCUGGUGGGCGGCGGCAGCCCCUGCAGCGGGCACCUGGAGGUGUUCUACAACAACACCUGGGGCCGCGUCUGCGCCGAAGGCACCACCUCCGCUACUGCGGCCGCUGUGUGCCGGCAGCUGGGCUGCGGGGAGACGGGGACUCUGGAGGACACCCCCGCCCUUGCCCUUGCCUGGCUGGCCUGGGUGGGCUGCAAGGAGGGGGCCGCAUCGCUCUGGCGCUGCCCCUCGGCACCCUGGCACCUGCAGAAUUGCAGCGACGGCAGGGGCGCCCACAUCACUUGUGACAAGGACACGGACAGCACAAGCGGGACGCCCACCCCGGCCCCGGGGAGCCGCUGCCCCGACGGUGCCACUUGCACAGCUCUCCCCAGCACCAGCAGCCCGGCGGCAGCGGUGGGGACCGUGCCGGUGUCCACGGUGCUGUGUGCGCUCCUGGGGACGCUGCUGUGCCUGGCCCUGGGCGCCCUGGCCGUGCAGGCGUACCGUGCCCGUGCUGGGCGCCGAGGCCUCGGCAGAGCCGCGGACGCUCUCUCCGAUGCCGUCUACGAGGAGCUGGACUACACCGUGCUGCCGGACUACCAGGAGGUGCCCAGUCGCUCAGGCUCCCUCUCGGAGGGCUCGGGGAAGAAGCUGCCGUAUUACACCGGGGACAGCAUGGAGGAGAGAGACCCCGAGGCAGCCCCAGACUCCCCUGCCCAGCACAGACCCCACGACGGCUAUGAUGAUGCCGCGGACGUGCCGCAAGAGCCCCCCGCUCCCGGCGCUGGGGACGUCUCCGAGGGGGGAGCACAGAGCAGCUGGGGCCGUCUCCCACCCACAGGUGGGAGCUGCCUCCCCACAAGUCCCCCACGAGACACAAGGGAGCCCCCGGCACAGCCACCGGGGGACACAGACUACGACGACGUUGCCAUCGGCACCCCGGGGACGUCGCUCAUGGUGCCCAUCGGGGCGUUGGGGCUGCUCUUGUGCGUGCAGCUGUGCCGGGCUGAGCUCCAAGGCACGGGGGCAGCCGUGGGGGCACACACCACCCCCCAGCCCUCGCCCGGCCUCGGCACCCUCCUCACCGCAGGCACCGAGGAGCUGCGGCUGGUGGGCGGCGGCGGGCGCUGCGCCGGGAGGGUGGAGGUCAAGCACGAUGGCGAGUGGGGCUCCGUCUGCGUCUACGAAUAUGUUCGUCAUGGCGACUGGGGCACCGUGGUGUGCCGGCAGCUGGGCUGUGGUGCGGUGGCCAAGGCGUCCCCCUACGCCCCAUUCGGGCAGGGCACCGGCCGGAUUUGGCUCCAGCCCUUCUGUAGAGGUGGUGAGGCAACACUGAAGGACUGUUACCAUUAUGGCUGGGGACAGCACUAUUGUGGCCAUGAGCGGGACAUCGGGGUGACCUGUGCAGAGGCGGUGGAGCUGCGGCUGGUGGGCGGCGGAGGUCCCUGCGCCGGGAGGGUGGAGGUGAAGCUGCGGGGCCAAUGGGGAUCGGUGGCGGACGACAACUGGGACAUCAAAGAUGCCAAGGUGGUGUGCCAGCAGCUGGGCUGUGGAUCAGCCAUCGGUGCACACAUCGCCAGCACACACGUUGGGAAAGGGUCCGGUCCCGUCAGUCUGGUUUUUGUGAACUGCCGUGGGAAAGAAACUGUCCUCUGGGAAUGCGAAAUCCGUGGCUGGGGACCCUACAGCAUCACUCACAACUACGACGUCGCUGUCACCUGCCAAACGGGGUUUGCCCAGCUGGUCGGCGGCGACAGCGCCUGUGCCGGGCGGCUGGAGGUGCGGCAGGGCCGAACGUGGAGCAGCGUCUGCGAGGACCACGUGGACAUCAAGGCGGCCCAGGUGGUCUGCCGGGAGCUGGGCUGCGGCGCGGUGCUGGCCGUCCCCGGCACCGGCCGCUUUCAGGAGGGAACGGGGUCGCUCUGGCAGGAGGGGUUUGAGUGCACGGGCACCGAGCCCUUCCUCGCCGCCUGUGCCCGGCGGCCGCUCCACGCACAGGGCUGCAGUGGCCAUGCCAGCAUCAUCUGCUCCCCCUACACGCGUUUCCGUCUGGCGAACAGCAGCUCGGGCUGCUCCGGGCGGGUGGAGGUGGAGGUGGGGGGCACGUGGGGGUCCGUCUGCGCCACCGGCUGGGACCUGCCCGACACCCACGUCCUCUGCCACCACCUCGGCUGCGGCACCGCCGCCGCCACCGCCGUGCCCCAGGGAGGCUCCCUCGGCAGCGGGGACGGGCCGCUGUGGCAGGACACCUUCCGCUGCAGCGGGACCGAGCGGCACCCAGGCGAGUGCCCCACCACGGUGCUGGGGGAGCCCCCCUGCCCCGCCGGCCUCGCCGCCACCAUCAACUGCUCAGGCACUGUGGAGCCCCUGCGGCUGGUGGAGGGGGAGAGCCGGUGCGACGGGCGGCUGGAGGUCUCCGCCAGCCCCGGGGCCUGGGCCCGCAUGCCGGCGGGGCUCUGGGAUGCCCGCGGUGCCAGCGUGGUGUGCCGGCAGCUGGGCUGCGGCGCGCCGGAGAAGGUCUACGCCGUGGCGGGCUCGGGCGCGGCAGGGCCGCAAGGGCUGCGCUGUGCCGGCACCGAGGACAACCUGGCCCAGUGCAACGUCUCGCGCACGGCCGCCACGCCGACCGGCAGCCGCGACGAGGUGGUCGUCGUCUGCUCAGGCAGCCGGCGCGUGAGGCUGGCGGGCGGCCCCGGGCGCUGCGCCGGGCGGGUGGAGGUCUACGCCAACGGCACCUGGGCCACCGUCUGCCAGGAGAGCUGGGACCUGGCGGACGCCACCGUCGUCUGCCGCCAGCUGGGCUGCGGAACCGCGCUGGAGGCACCCGCAUCGCCUCCCGUCGGUCCCGGCACGGGGCCGCUGUGGCCGCACGCCGCUGCCUGCGCCGGCAACGAGGCGUCUCUCUGGGAUUGCCCGGCCUCGGCACAGCACGGCUGCCAGCGCGGUGGCGGGGCGGGAGCCGUCUGCUCAGAGCACCUCUCCCUGCGCCUGGUGGGCGGCGGCAGCCCCUGCAGCGGGCACCUGGAGGUGUUCUACAACAACACCUGGGGCCGCGUCUGCGCCGAAGGCACCACCUCCGCUACUGCGGCCGCUGUGUGCCGGCAGCUGGGCUGCGGGGAGACGGGGACUCUGGAGGACACCCCCGCCCUUGCCCUUGCCUGGCUGGCCUGGGUGGGCUGCAAGGAGGGGGCCGCAUCGCUCUGGCGCUGCCCCUCGGCACCCUGGCACCUGCAGAAUUGCAGCGACGGCAGGGGCGCCCGCAUCACUUGUGACAAGGACACGGACAGCACAAGCGGGACGCCCACCCCGGCCCCGGGGAGCCGCUGCCCCGACGGUGCCACUUGCACAGCUCUCCCCAGCACCAGCAGCCCGGCGGCAGCGGUGGGGACCGUGCCGGUGUCCACGGUGCUGUGUGCGCUCCUGGGGACGCUGCUGUGCCUGGCCCUGGGCGCCCUGGCCGUGCAGGCGUACCGUGCCCGUGCUGGGCGCCGAGGUGAAGCCGCGGACGCUCUCUCCGAUGCCGUCUACGAGGAGCUGGACUACACCGUGCUGCCGGACUACCAGGAGGUGCCCAGUCGCUCAGGCUCCCUCUCGGAGGGCUCGGGGAAGAAGCUGCCGUAUUACACCGGGGACAGCAUGGAGGAGAGAGACCCCGAGGCAGCCCCAGACUCCCCUGCCCAGCACAGACCCCACGACGGCUAUGAUGAUGCCGCGGACGUGCCGCAAGAGCCCCCCGCUCCCGGCGCUGGGGAUGUCUCCGAGGGGGGAGCACAGAGCAGCUGGGGCCGUCUCCCACCCACAGGUGGGAGCUGCCUCCCCACAAGUCCCCCACGAGACACAAGGGAGCCCCCGGCACAGCCACCGGGGGACACAGACUACGACGACGUUGCCAUCGGCACCCCGGGGACGUCGCUGUGA